AUGAGUAAAUCAAAGAUACAAGAUAUUGAUCAAGAAGAAGAAGAAGAAGAUGAAUCAACAGAACCAGAAGAUAAUAUAGAUUCACCACCUUUGGUUUAUAAAUCAAAGUAUAAUAAUAAUAAUGACAAUGAUAAUAAUAAAAAGAGAUCAAGUACAUCACAAAUCAUAAAUGUUGAUGAUGAUGAUGAUACAGAACCAGAAGAUUUAGAUGAAACCUUUACACAACCAUUCAAAUCAAUUAAAUCAACUGCUACUACUACAUCAACAACAUCAACAAAGAAAACAAAGAUUGAUCAAGAAUAUGAUGAUGAUUUAGAAUAUGCAAUUCAACAAUCAUUAUUAGAUCAUCAAAAAGAACAACAACAACAAAAAUCAAACAAUACUUUUACUACCUCUUCUUCUUCUUCUUCUUCUUCUUUUUCUUCUGGAGAGUCAUUCUAUCUAAAUAGAAUUUAUGGUGAAAGUAAUGAUAAUAAUAGUAGUACUACACCAAAGACAUUAACAUUUAGAGAUAUUAUAUCACCAAGUGGAUUGGAAAGUGUGAUUGCAAUGGGAUUUGGUAUGGAUACUGAAUGGAUGAUGAAUGAAAUUAUACGUUCACAAAAAGGUAGAAAGGAUAUACCAAUGACAUUUGUCAUUGAUUGUGGUGAUCCAAAGAAAAAAGGUACUACUGUUAUUCAAAAUAUUACCUUAAUCUUGGUACAUGUUUUAUAUGGUUGUAUGCAUAGUAAAUUAAUUUUGUUGUUAUAUAAAGAUUAUAUUAGAGUUGUAGUACCAUCAGCAAAUCCAUUUGAAGAGGAUUAUAUUAGAAUUGGUCAAACAAUUUGGUAUCAGGAUUUCCAAAAAAAAUUACCUCCUCCUCCUCCUCCUCUGGCCACUACUCCUACUCUUAAACCUAUUCCUUCAACCUCUAAAACUAUAAGUUUAUCAUUAAAACAGAUGACAACAAAAAAACCUACUACUACUACUACUACUACUACAACAAAUGAUUUUCAAAUUUCAUUAAAAACAUUAUUAAAUUGUUUUAAAAUUGAAACAAAAUUCUUGGAUCAAUUUGACUUUGAAUGUGCAAAGGCUCAAUUGAUUAUAUCGAUUCCUGGGUUUCAUAAUGGUGCAACAUUAAAUUCCUAUGGUCAUUUAAAAUUAAGAUCUGUAUUGACAAGUUAUUAUAAUCAAAAGGAAAAAGAUUUAAAUUUAAAAAUAGAUAAUUUUAAAAGAGAUGUUUUUAGUCAAUGUUCAUCAUUGGGAAAUGUAAAUAGUGGUUGGAAUCAACAUUUUUUAGAAAGUUGUAGAAUACCAAAAAAUAAUUUGGAGGAUAUUAGUAAAUCAUUACAUAUAUUAUUUCCAACUGUUUCAUGGAUCACUUCAAAUCAUAAAAGAAUGCAAAGUGCUUCGAUUAUUAGGUUUCAAGACAAGUCAUACGAUGACAAGACAUUUCCACGAAACUCUAUGACAUUGAUCAAACAUCGUCAUCCUCAUCGUGGUAAUAUGCUGUUGCAUACCAAGGUAAAUGUCGGUGUCACAACCAUUGGUAAAAACAAGAGAUAUGAUUGGAUCUAUGUGGGUAGUCAUAACCUUUCACCCGCCGCUUGGGGAAAGAUACAAAAAAAUCAAACUCAAAUUCAAUUGUCCAACUAUGAAAUUGGUGUAGUCUUGCUCAACGACCGUUUAUACAAUGACUUUGAACCUCCUUGUUGGGUUGAUCAAAUACCUUUUAAUAUUCCUUCUACUCCUUAUUCUUCUACCGAUAAACCUUUUAUUAUUGAUAGUUUUGUUGCUUCUCAUCAAUAA